CUCGGCGCGGCACUGCGGGCUCCGGGGGCUGCGCGCCCCGGCCCGGCCCGGCCCGGCCCACCAUGACCAUGAGCUCCGUGGCCGAGAGCCUGCUGGGGCCCGACCCCUCCAAAGCCGCUUUCCUGGAGCUCGGCCACCCCUCGCCGCCGCACUACCCGCUGCACGGCCUCCACCCCGCCGGCCACCCCCAGCACGACCCGCCGCCCUUCGCCUCCUACGGCCGGCCCGGGCCCUACCCCUACAGCGGCGGUGCCCCCCCGCCGCCCCACGGCGGGCCCUACCUGCCCUACCCGCCCCCCGGCGCCCAGCAUCCCCCGGCCGGGCUGGCCCACGGCGCCAGGCUGCAGGACGCAGAGCACGAGAAGCCCCCGGCCAUCGCCAACGGGGAGCUGCGCGUCAACGGCAAGGGGAAGAAGCUGCGCAAGCCGCGCACCAUCUACUCCAGCCUGCAGCUGCAAGCCCUCAACCAGCGCUUCCAGCAGACCCAGUACCUGGCGCUGCCGGAGCGCGCCGAGCUGGCAGCCCAGCUGGGGCUCACCCAGACCCAGGUCAAGAUCUGGUUCCAGAACAAGCGCUCCAAGUACAAGAAGAUCAUGAAGCAGGGCUCGAGCGCACCCGACGGGGAGCACCUCCACACCGCCACCUCCCUUUCCCCCUGCUCCCCCAACAUCCCCCCACUCUGGGACAUCCCCGUGCCGGGCAAAGGGGCCCCCCUGGCCCCCAGCAGCUACAUCAACAGCUUCGGAGCCUGGUACCAGCCGCACCCGCAGGACGCCAUCCCCCGCGCCCCCAUGAUGUGAUGCUGCCACGGCUCCAGCACCCGCUGGCUCCGGGAGGGCCAGUGCAGGGGGGGGAUGCUCUGCCACCGCACCCCGAGGGACCGGGGAGCCCAGCGAAGCGCUGGGAGACCCCAGAGAAUGGAGAAGGAGGAAGAGGAGGAGGAAGGUGACCGCAGUCUGCAGGGACAUGGGGAUCGCCUGCUCCAUCACGGUCCGAAGUGAGGCAGCUCCGGCACGACGUCCCGGUGCGCCCGUCCCGGUGGGACAGGACUUGGCCUCCAGCCGCAGCCCCGGGUCCCUCCGUUCAUGGACAUGGGGCAGGGGGGCCCCCAGAGGGGCUGGGGGGCCGGGGCAUCCGCAGACCCCCCCCGGCCUGCCUUUAUUUAUAAAUACUGACCAUUAUUAUAUGUGCCCCCCCUUUAUAAAUAGGCUGUUCACUUGUAAAGUAAA